AUGCGUCCUACGUAUCUCUUUGUUUUGGUUGCGACGGGCUUGGCUCUAGGGCUACCUCAAGAGCCGGAUCUGCAUCAUAAAUAUUCUCGACGCAAGCGAGAUGGAUGUCACGGCAGAGAGAUCACAAAAACUGUUACAAUGCUAUCUAUGUACACGAUUGCAGGUUCCUCACAUUACUCUCCAGGCUCUGCUACUAGGUCUAGUCCUGUCUUUGACUCUUACUCUUCAAGUGGCAGUGCAGGCCACGGAUCCCUGGAUGAGGGAUAUCCCACCGGCUCUUCAUACCCUUCUGUCUAUGGCACUGAGCCAGGAGAUGCUUAUAGGGGAAAUAGGCAGGAUGCCAGUGCUGGAGCUUCCCCCAGCAUGGGAGACCAUUUGCCACAUAAGCCAUACGCGUCGGAGGGAAUCUCUCUGGAGAGCGGUUCUGACUCCUAUCAAAGUUAUGAAGAACAAGCAGCACCUCCUUGUGUAGGAUGCGGUACCAUGACCACAACUCUCGCGACUCCAUUGCAUACGACACUCCUGUCAACAGAGAAUGAUGCACUGCCCACCGUCAUUACGGGGGUCUUUAUGACAUCCAAUACGGCAACUGUCACCUCACUGAGCACAACCACUACUAUCCCUACACCAGGGACCGUGACUGUCACUUCGUUAGGCACUGCCACUAAUGUCUCUACAAUCCCCGCGACUGCGCCUGGUGCUACGGAUACGGUUAUUACCUUCAUAACCACCGCUUCUCCUGUUACAGUCAGCGAAUCUGGCAAUAUAACGGUUUCGACUACGAUUUCCCCCACAACUUCUGGCAGUAUGGAAACCGUGGACAUUACUUCAUUAGACACUACCACUGAUGUCUUUCCCAUCACCACAACUGCUCCUGGUGCUACGGAAACGGUUAUUACAUUUGAAACAACCGCUCUUCCAGAGACCCCAACUGACGCUUCUUCCAAGACGCCUCCUAUUACAGCCAGCAGCUCCAUCUCGACUACUCCAGUCACUAGCAUUCAGGCGAUUUCCAGAAUCACUAACUCCCAGUCCUCGUUGCCCUCCACUAUUAUCUUGCAGUCUUCCAUCACUGAAGCCAUCAGUUCAACAAUAACUACUUCGACGGGCAUUCCCACCGCUCCUGCUAUUACGGUUUCCUUAUCAGGCAAUACAACUAGGUUGACUACGAUUUCCCCUGCAACUUCUGGCGGUACAGAAACCGUCAUCACAUUCGCUACUACACCUCCCGUGACGACGAUCACGUCGUCCGGAAGGAACAAGAACAGGUCUUACUACGAUUCCGGCCUUACAACAUUGCAGCCCGCCUCAAGUGGCGGCACCCCUACUAUUAUCACUUUUGUAACGCCUUCAGCAACGGCGAGUACUACUACUAAGACCACGUUUGGUUCUGCUCCUGGUACAUUCACCAUUCCUGCGAGUGGAUCUGUUCCUGGCACCGUUAUCAUCACACUUGUUCCUGACGCUCCUGCGCUUACCUCUUUUGGCGUUUCAACGGGGCUGACUCCGAUUUCCUCAUCUUCUCCUGGCGGUACUGCGACCGUUAUUACCUUUGUCUCGACUCCCCAGCCAGUCACCAUUACCCAGACCGGCACGACAACAGGUCUCACAACAAUUCCGCCGGCUUCAUUAGGAGGCGCAGAGACAAUUGUGACUUUCCUCAGGCUGGAACCCGUUCUCGAAACUUUAACCACGUUCGGUACUGUGGCUGGUACUUCCACAAUUCCCGCUAGUGGGACCUUUGCUGGCACGAUCAUUAUUACACUUGUUCCUGGGCAGCCCAUCACGCAAACAACCACUGAUUCGAUAUCCACUACGGUAUCAGGUACUGAGAUAAAUGGCAAUACGGUGAUCAGCACCGAGGUCCCUGGAUCAAGCUUUUCCACACAGCCAACUCCAGGCACGGGCAUGCUUGCUACGGGUCCGCCAGUGGUUGUGAUUACAUCUGCACCCGCAAAUACUAUCACUAAUACCACAUCUGAAUCUACUCCUGGAACUUUUACCACUCAUACUAAUAGCUCUAAUCCAAUAAUUACGCUGGUCCCCAGUCAACCGAUCACUGAAACGACAACAGGGCUUGCCGGCACAGGGACUAUCCCUGAUACUGUGAUUAUCACCGAAGUCCCAAUUGCAAGUUCUAUUAGAGAAACUCCAAGCACGACGAUGAUUACACCGUCCACGGGUCAACCAAUUAUUAUAGUAACUUCGACUCCUGCAAGCACACUCACGUCUACCAUAUUCACCGAGUUCACGACUGGAUCGUCCCAGGGAACAUUGACCAAAAGCGGCACAGGGACGAAUCCCAACACUGUUAUUAUAACUUUGAUUCCAGUCACGAAAGUCACACUCGGUCAAUUUCCAGGUACCUCGACGGUUCCAGCAAAUGGCAGUAAUCCCCCGACCAUAAUUAUCACCAGUGCCUUUAGGUCAGUAACGACUGUCUCUGAGUCGACGACUGGCACAACUACAGCUACGGAGACAAGUGGGGAGACCGUCAUCAUCACCAAUACUCUCAAGACGACUUUUGUGCUCGGGCCCACGCCGGGUACAGCUACCUUGACAGCAGCAACAGGUCCACCAAUCGUCGUGAUCACUACAACUCCUGGUAGGACAGAGACUUUAACCACAUCUACAAUCCCGGCUAAUGGAACGGUACCUGGGACGAUCAUUACCACUGACUUGUUCCCAGCCACACUCACAACGACUGUCAUUGGCACGUCCACAAUAUCGGCAAGCGGGACAAUCCUUGGUACGGUCAUGGUAACUGAUUUGGCUGUCACAGUCAUGUCGACUGAAAUCGGCUCUUCAGCUGGCAUGUCGACCAUCUCUCAGUCUGGCACUACCCCCGGAACUAUUAUUGUUACUAUCAUCGGCUCGACCAUUACGUCUUUGGAGGCUGGUCCUUCAGUCGGUAUAUCUGUUACUGAAGUUGCUUCGACAGUGAUAUCGACCGUGAUCGGUAAUUCGCCGGGUACCUCGACUAUUCCACAGAGCGGCAUUAUAUCUGGCACUAUUAAUACUACUAAUCCAGCUGCGAUCACUUCGAGUGUGAUUGGCACGUCAACCAUUUCACAGAGUGGCACAACUCCUGAAUCUGUUAUCGUUACUGAAAUUGCUUCGACUCGCACAAUUAUGGUUCUAGGUUCGACUCCUGGCACUUCUACUGUUUCCCAAAGCAGCACGAUUCCCGGUAUGAUUAUCGUAACCGAGGCUUUUUCGACCGCUACGUUUACAGAGAUUGGUCCUUCAGCCGGCAUAUCAACUAUUCCACAGAGUGGCACCAUACCAGGCACCGUUGUUAUUACUCUUCCAGCUGCCACAUCUAUUUCCACUCAAAUUGGCCCUUUAGCCGGUACAUCUGUUAUACCACAAAGUGGCACAAUCCCCGGAGUGAUAAUCGUCACCGCCCCAGCAGCUACAGUCACUUCGACUGUAACUGGUCAAUCAGCCGGCAAGUUAACCAUCUUUCAAAGUGGUACAAUGCCGGGGACUGUCAUCGUCACUGAAGUUGCUUCGAUUACAAUUACUUCGACUAUAAUUGGUCAGUCAGCCGGCACAUUAACCAUUUCACAGAGUGGCACAACUCCCGGAUCUGUGAUCGUCACCGAAGUUGCUUCCACUAUCACUACCACGAUAACUGGCUCCGCUGCCGGCACGUCAACUAUAACCCAAUCUGGGACUAUUCCUGGAACAGUUGUGAUCACAGAUACACCAUUUCCAACAUUCAGUUGUGAUGCUGGUGGCUAUCUAAUUCAAAACCGAACCUUGCAUCGCUUGAACCUAACAACCGGGGUCCAGACCACCAUCUCAACAGCUGUUGGCCCAGGGGGCUCGAUCAACGCUUUAGGCUACAAUCCUCUGGAUAACUUCAUGUACGGCGUAGUGGAUUUGAACGACAAGCACACGUCGUUUCGCGUCAUUCAGAUUGCAAGCAACGGCAACCAUUCACUUCUCUCUACUGUUCUCCCACCGACGGGCUAUUAUAAUAUGGGUGAUGUUGACACAAAUGGAACUUUCUGGGUCUCUGCGUCUGGUGUCCACUGGUCCAAGGUCGAUGUGAACCCGAGCUCUACCACGUUUGGACAAGUCUUACAAAGCGGUAAUUCGACGAUAGGGUCUCAAAAAGAAGUGGCAGAUUGGUCAUACCUCCCCAGCGGUGGAGACUACUUGUACUCGGUUACAUACUUGGAGGGUAAAGUUGUUCGGUGGAGUCGAACAAACCAUACCUGGGAAUCAAGGCAAACCUUUGAAUCACUCAAACAAACUCGAUUCGGUGCAACCUUUGGUGGGAGGUCCAACGUACUGUACGGCUCAGACAGUUUUCUUGGGGAAAUAUACUCAGUACCCAUAACUCCAGGAACUGCCAAGAAGAUAUCUAGCGGACCUCGCGCACUCGCAAACGAUGGUGCAAGGUGUGCUUAUGCAGCCGAUCCAUAA